AUAUAAAUCAGCACUACCCACUCUUCUCUUCUCCUCCAAAACCCUACCUUUGGCAGCUGCAGCAGCCAUUCCAUUUUUAAGGAGCUUGUAAGAAGUGUAGCUGAGAGUUUGCAAUGGCUCCUGCAAAGGUGGACAAUACUAAAAAGUCUGAUCCCAAGGCUCAGGCCUUGAAGACAGCCAAGGCUGUGAAAUCAGGAGGCCAAGUGUUUAAGAAGAAAGCUAAAAAGAUCCGGACCUCAGUCACAUUUCACCGGCCAAGGACAUUGAAGAAAGAAAGGAACCCCAAGUAUCCCAGAAUUAGUGCUCCACCAAGAAACAAAUUGGAUCAUUAUCAGAUUCUCAAGUUUCCUCUAACUACUGAGUCUGCAAUGAAGAAGAUUGAGGAUAACAACACCUUGGUUUUUAUUGUUGACCUUCGUGCUGAUAAAAAGAAGAUUAAAGAUGCUGUCAAGAAAAUGUAUGACAUUCAGGCCAAGAAAGUGAAUACUUUGAUCAGGCCGGAUGGAACAAAGAAAGCCUAUGUUCGGUUGACUCCAGAUUAUGAUGCCUUGGAUGUAGCCAACAAAAUUGGUAUCAUCUAAGUUGUACUGCUUGAUUUGAGCAACUAGGAUAGUUGUUAUACAUUACCCUGUAAGGGCUCCUUUGUUAUCCUUAUGUAUUAACUAUUGUGCAUUUGAUUUUUAUGAAAUUAAUUUUAUACUAGAAAUAAUCUGUGA